CUAGUGUAAUCAGACGCGGAGUAAUCAAACUGCCCCAGUGUGAGCAGCGCAGAGGAGCGGAGCGGACAUGGGGAACGGGAUUAAUAAGGUCCUGCCUGACCUGUACUUGGGUAAUUUCAAAGAUGCCAGAGACAGAGAGCAGCUGGCGAGAAACAACAUCACACACAUCCUGUCCAUCCACGACACGGCCGCUCCAAUCUUACAGGAGAUGACCUAUCUCUGUAUCCCAGCUGCUGAUCUUCCCACGCAAAACCUGACACAGCAUUUUAAGGAGAGCAUCAUGUUCAUGCACGAGUCAAGACUGAAAGGAGAGGGAUGCCUCGUCCACUGUCUGGCAGGUGUGUCGCGGAGCGUGACGCUGGUGGUGGCGUACAUCAUGACGGUGACGGGGCUGGGGUGGCAGGACGCGCUGGCGGCCGUGAGGGCGGUGAGACCCUGCGCCGGACCCAACAUGGGCUUUCAGAAACAGCUGGAGGAGUUCCAGAACACACAGGCCCAGGAGUUCAGAGAUUGGCUGAGGAUGGAGUAUAAAGAAUGCCCAUUUGACGAUGAAGAACACAUACGCAACCUGCUGGCUCAGAGCGCUGCCACCAACGGCACAGCGAAUGGAGAAGUUCUGACCCACCGCAGAUCUUUCGACACCUGAGAGUAUCCGAGCUGAGGAGUCUGAAUCCUGAAGCAUUCCAUCAUUAAGGCUACGUUCACACAGCAGGUGAAAGUGGACUGGAUCUGAUGUUCACACCAAACGUGAUGUUUAUUUUGGGCUGUUCACACUGUUGUAAUAAGACGGUUCAUGCAUGAACAAAAGAGUGGCGCUUCACGUGAAGUUUCGGUUUCAUUCCUACCCCUACUAAGGUUUCAGGGCUACCACUUACCCCUACCCCUUGUUUUCGAGUGUAACCCUUCCCCUUGGAACAAAAUUUUCCACCUAAGAAUUGGGAAACUCAUCAAGCAUCCGAUUUGUCAUCAGGAGCGAUUCAGUAAAGUUCAGUAACCUAACUGCUGCUGCUUCACUAGUUAACUUUAGGGGCUUUAUUUUAUUGUAUGUCUUUAGAAAAUAGGAAGAUGGUGCAGAAAUUAAUUAUUAUUGUCCAUUCCUUAAUUCCUCUGUGAUGGGGAGCUGAAAUUAGCUUUAAUUAGCUUUUCUUUUCUUUUUUUCUUUUAUUUUUCCAUUCCACCUUAAAUCCUGCAGCCCCUGCCAUCUGUUGCACCAAUUAAGGUGGAACAGGAAAGUUAGCUAGCUAGCUAGCUAGCUACUGAGACAAACUACUAGCGAUCUUUUCUAUGCUUGUUAUUAUGAAGAAUUUGGCCAUAAAACAUUGAAACUACACAUAAAACUAUGGUAAUAUAGAGCUAAUCGUCACUUUUAACAAGGAAAAUUCUUAUAUUUGUGUUUUUUUUUUUCACCAGUGAUUUUCAUACUCCUUUAUUUGAAGUGUGCAUCUGAAUAAAUCUCUGUAUGAAGGUCUAACAAGCCCUAUCCCUUCCCCCAAACUUACCCCUAUAGCUUAACGAGAAUAUGGUGAAUUGAGAUUGGGCUUAAAUCUUGAGGAUUUCUAUUCAAACAUUACAUUAAAAACUUUCAUAUUCGAUAAGGAACAUUACUGAAAAGCAUAACUGUAACUGUAACAGAAAAUAUUUAAGUUAAUCUGUCUAAAUGUAAAGAAUAAAAUCAUAAAAUUGUCUUUAUUUUAAAAUCGAUAUUUUCCUGAAUACAAAUCAAACAGUUCUUGUCCUCCAAACUUUAUCCAAAUUUCAUUAUGUUUGUCUAGUUUUUACAUCUAUUUUCAAACCCACAGAAUUUGGUAUGAUUCCUUAAUUCCCGAGUUACUGAUUUGGAAUUAUUAAAUGAAGUAGAGAGAAAGUGAACAGGCAGUUUCUCUAAAUGUCCUGUAGGAGAUUUCAAAGCCCUCAAAAUUUUCAGAAUAUAAUAAAUAAGUUAUUUUACUGUUGAAAAAAGGGGUUUAAAAGGUUAAGCUUAAUAGUUCAGCUUUUUUUUACCCUUUAAUGCUGUGGCUACGCCCUGUGACCUAGUUUGGCCAUUUCAUUAGGAACACUGAGCAGUUUCAACACAUGCAUUUUAAUAUUAUUGGAAAGAAGAUAUCUCAAAGUCUCAAAUAUCUAAGGUCUGUUAGAGGUCUGAAACCCUUCCUCACUGCUGUGGUCCAUUUUCCCUUCUUUUUACAGCCUUUUUUCCUUCUUUUUGACAUAAAAUACGUAUCAUAUCUUUGAAUCUGACUGCUCUGGUUCAGUCAAAUAGCGACAAAUUGGGUAUGUAUCGGAUUUCCACGUAAUACCACGUAUUGCAUUGGUUAAAAUGUUCAAAAUAAUUUAAAAUAUAUCAGAUUAGGUCAUUUUUUUGUCGUUUACACUGCCACACGUGACACACCUGUGUCACAAAUGACGAAAAAAAUUCCUACAUGUAACUGCUGUGUGAACGUAGCCUUGCCGAAUCUGUGUUGGCGAUGAUUGAUAACCCAGCCUCUUCCCGGGGGGGUUAGUGAUGCAUAUUGAUUGUAGGGUUGCAACGGUAUGAGAUUUUCACGGUAUGAUAACCGUCUCAGAAAAUACCGCGGUAUCACGGUUAUCACGGUAUCACAGUUUGUUACAUAUAUUAUUAAACUGACCCUUAAAUAAAUUACAACAAAGGUUUUUUUGUUCAAUUAACUAUUUAUUGUAGAAACCUGGAACAACUAUAUAGAUAAUGUCUCCUUAAAAAAAAUAAACUGUACACCAUUAGGUGAAGGAAACCAGGUUUUUCCACUACUCUUAAGGGCAUUAAGGGUGUAUAUAUAAAAAAAAAAAAAUAUAUAUAUAUAUAUAUAUAUAUAUAUAUAUAUAUAUAUACAUACACACACGUGUCACACAUUACAUGUCCUCUAAGAAGUAAAGAUCCUGUGUUUAAACUAUUCAGUACAAUUAUUUAAGUUUAAAUUAUUUAAUAUCUGAUAAACUGAGCCUGGGUCAGUGUCUGAUCAACAACUGUUGUAAACGUCCGUUUUACUGGCAAGUUGGUAUAUAACCAGAUACUGCAGAAAGAGGUGAUUUAUUUCUGACAUGAUCCUCACAAUAGAGAUUUCUAUUUUAAGGCUUUCACACCGAGUCUGGUUUUAACACAUGAAAAACAGGCACGUCAGAAUUUGAAAAUGAACGCAUGUAAAUGAACGGCGUCUUUCACAUCCAGUCCGGCCAGGACCUUUACACGGACACGUGAAUCCGUCGUAGCACGCACUUCACGCCUGUACCUGCGUGCCCAAAUUUCGGAUAACUCAGCGCUUUUGCGGGCGCUUACCGCAUGGGUUGUGCACGACUACAAAGAGGUUUUAUUUAUGUUCAGAUUAAAAUUAUAAACUAAACACAUACUUUGCGCUGCACAGCGGGGUGGUGUUCUUGGAGAUGGGAGAACAGGUUUGACGUAUGUCCACCUUUAGCUGUGACUUUACGGCCACAUUGAUUACAAAUCGGAUAACCAUCCUCGGGUGCGUUCGGCGGGUCUCUGAAAUAGUCCCACACUGCUGAUUUUAGUUUAGCCUUUUUUUAGGCGGACGGAGAUUUGUUUAGUCUGAUGCACUUUCUGCUGUUCUCACCGCUGUGUGCUGAGCAGCUGAAGCGGAGCAGAGUUGCGCAUGCGCGGGUGAGUUUCUCCGCUGGCUUGUCUUUUACCGGUAAUAAGCAAACACACACGGUAUGAUAACCGUGCAUUUUAAUACCAUGGUAUACCGUGAAACCGGUUACCGUUGCAACCCUAAUUGAUUGACAUCUUCAUGCAGCUCUGUGACCGUGUCUCUCUCUCUUUACUCAUGUCGUAGGCUCGCACUGUUCCCUAACUUAUUGCCUUUUUUUGUAAAUAGGUGAUGCUUGCGUUUUUACUGAAGCGAUGUUGGAUAUGAAUUUGUAUUUUCUUGUAUUUCCUCAGGAAUGGAUAUUUUUCAAGUCAAAGGAAUAAAACAUUAUAAGUAUUAUAAGCGUUAUAAGCCUUCUGGGUGAUGGGUUGGUUGAAAUGACUCUCUCUGAACCCAAUGCUUCUAUUCAUACAUACAUUUUUCAAGCCAAUAAAAUGAAUGCCUUUACAAAUGC